UUAUCCCGCCUCUAGCAGCGGCGGGGUGGGGCUGUGGCUGAGGAUGCUGUGACGUUAGCGGUGGACAGUCCAUGCCAUGAUGGCGGCGGAGCGGGGCGGCGGUCCCGGCUCUCCUCCCGGCUCUCCUGCCGGCGCCUCCCGGACUGCGGCGGAUCACUCGGUCCUAGUGGUGGUGGGAACGCUGCGACCCGCGGAGCUGCUGGAGCGGGUACUGCAGCAAAUAGAAACAGGUGUGCGCUGCUGGGCGGUGGAUCUGGACGUCUCCGUUCUGGAUCAACAGCUGAAGCUCUUUGUGUCGAGACAUUCAGCCUUCCUGUCAGAAGAAGUGCGAGGUCAGCGGACUCUCCAGCACAGCGGGGACGUCCUGGACACGCAAGUCGUGGUGAAUCCAGGCUCAGAGUUUGUUUCCUCAGAGGUGCGGCGGCUUGUCUGCAAUCCAUCGCGCCGCAAACUGCUGAUUCUCGCCGGUCAGUGUGUUGAGGGCAGCGGCGACAUUGUACUGCAGAAAGGCUGCUUCUCCCUCAGCAACCUCAUCCAGAUUUUUUCUGACGAGGAGGUCGGUGAACUGCUGAGCUCGGCAGGCCCAGCGGUGAAGCCUAGCCUCACCCUCAGCUGUCCAGACUCUGGCCUUUGGAAGGAGCCGGCACUGGAGAAACACAAUCUGCAAGACUUCAUAAACAUUCGGAUCAACCCUCCCCCAGUCCUGCCCGAGAUGGAGGGUUUGCAAGAGUUCGUAGAGUACCUUUUGGAGUCUCUGGAGCCCGAGUCUCCCUUCGACCUACUGGAGCCCCCAAGCACCGUGGGCUUCCUGAAGCUGUCUCGACCUUGCUGCUACAUCUUCCCUGGCGGGAGGGGUGACUCUGCCUUCUUCGCUGUUAACGGUUUUAAUGUCUUGGUGAACGGCGGUUCUGACUCACGCUCCAGCUUUUGGAAACUGGUUCGACACUUGGACAGGAUUGACGCUGUACUGUUGACACACAUCGGAGUGGACAAUCUGCCGGGCGUGAACAGUCUGCUGCUGAGAAAAGUUUCCGAGCAGGACGACGAGGCUGCCGGAUCCCAUCCCGAAGAGGACUGGAUGAAAAACCUCAUCUCCCCUGAGAUCGGGGUGGUCUUUCUCAAUGUUCCCGACAGGCUGAAGUUCAUCCAGGAAGAUCCAAGCGAGCUGCGGAGCUGCGAUCAGGCAACAGUUGCUCUGCAGCACCUGCAGAGACUGGCGAUCAGACCAGAACCCCUGAACCGGCCUAACGGACCUAGCAUAGAACCCGUGAUCUUGUUCCAAAAGAUGGGAGUUGGUCGUCUGGAGCUUUACACUCUGAAUCCGGUCAGCGGUAGCAAAGAGCUCGAAGCUUUGAUGCAGACUUGGCCAAACAAUGGAUCGAAUGUGAAGGGCUCAGAUCUUCCACUGCCGUGCCUUGUUUCCAUUUGUGCUUUGUUGGUCUGGCACCCGUCCAGCCCUCAGGAGAAAAUCAUCCGUGUGCUCUUCCCAGGGUGCACGCCUCAGACCAAAAUUCUGGAUGGACUUGAGAAACUCAAACAUCUGGAUUUCCUGAAACUACCAGCAGUGUGUUUGAAGGACCUGGAAACAUCCAAAAUCGAAAAGCAACCAAAACGAGCAGACAGUCGAGAAAGCCUUAAGUCCCAGUCUAAGGACUUCAGACCCAGUAGUGCCUUACAGAAAGACAAACUUGGACGAGUGGAUGCCAAAAAACAAGAGAUGAAAACCAAGCCUAGGGUAGCAGCUGACUCUGUACCUAAAGACAGAAAGGAUGCCGAAGAAAAGCCCAAAACAAAGGAACCAGAGGCUAAAUCGAAGCCAGCAAAAUCUGCUGAAAAGCUCAUUCCAAAGAAAGAGGUUUUAAAAGAAGAGAAGAAGGAAGUGAAGAAGAAAGACAAGAAGGAAGAGAGUGGAGAGAAAAAGAAAGAAGCAACAAAGAAAGAAAUCCCAAGUAUGAAGCCAAGGAAAGACGUCAAAUCUGAACCAAAAAAAGACGUGAAGAGGGACGUGAAGAGCGAUGAGAAGAAGGCAGCAAAGCCAGCCAUUAAAGAAGUGAAGAAAGCCACAAGUGCAGCUUCAACAGCAAGUGCAGAAAUAAGAAAACCGUCUGGGAAGACCAGCACUCUGAAGAAGGAUGGGACUCUUCCCAAGAAAGAUACUUUGAACAAAGGGACGAAAGGCAAACCGGUGUCAAAGGAGCAGGAGACCCAGAAGGAGGUGGCUCGCUCUAAGGUGUCCACACCUGAGGACAUGACGGCUGAAUUUGAAAGACUUCGAUUGGAAGAUGAGAAUGGGAAUAGUGGUAAAAGUGCAAAGUCCAGGGGGUUGAAUCCUGACGAAGUAAAGUCCAACGGGAACCCGACUUCCGCAGUAGAGAGUCCAGAGAAGUUUCGCUGCUCAGAGACUGAUCAUGAUAUGGUCACUGCCUCCUCACUGGUCGCUAAAACUCCAAAAGGUGAUCUUAGUGUGAACUUUGACCUCACCCAGACCACAUAUGAGCCAGUGGACAGAUCCUUGAAAAAUGGACCCGAUGUCUGCAUGGAGGAAAAGACCCUGGAGCUGGUCUCUCCUGCAGAUUCUGCCCCAAACAGUGCUGGACAUACCCCUUUCUACCAGUCCCUCGAAGAGGACAUUCGUGGCUUGGGCGAGGACAGUGGCCUCGAGGCAAGAGGGUCUAGUCUAGGCUUUGAGGACUACAAUCAGGGAAGUUCAUGUAGGACCUCUGACCUCAGCUCCCUGCCUGAAGGUCUGGAAAACUCCACAUCCUCUCAAGAUAAACCGUCCAGCCUUCUGACCCUCAGUCCUUUUAAGGACAUCAUGCCGGACUCCUCCCCAACCAUGACCUCCAUGCCGGCUGAGGUUGGCUCACCUCACUCUACAGAGGUUGAUGAAUCACUUUCAGUGUCUUUAGAGCAGGUUCUGCCCCCCCCUGCUGCCUCCCCCAAAGUCUGCGCCAACGGCCACGUUAUUGACUUGGACUCCAGUGCUGGGAUAGCCUUGAGGUCUGCCCAUAACGGGUGCUGUGGAAACAGAUCAGAGGACCACAUCCAUGGGAUGUCAGAGGUCAUCUCGGAUGUUCUUCACGACGUCGACCUCUGCUUGGUUUCCCCAUGUGAGUUCCAGCAUCCCAGAACCUCGGAGAACCAUCAGCAGCACGUGAGCCCCAGCCUCGCCACGGGAACGUCUCCAGACGUCUCUGAUAACAACAACCACUCUCAGGAUGCGAGCAGCAGCGACCACGCCUCAGCCUACAGUCAGGAGACUCCGCCCACAUCAGUAAGCGGCACCCUGCCCACCACCACUGAUUCUGAUAUCCCCCCCAGCACAGAGGACUGUCCUUCCAUCACAGCCGACAUUGAUUCUGAAGAUGAUUCCAGCGGGUUCUUUCCACCCACCCAACCACUGGAACAUCCUACAUCACACUUUACCCACAGGGCAGGGCAGCACGACCCACCGCCAGCGCCGGUCAAGGACCUCCCUCCUCUACCGCCGCAGCCUGGAGCCUGUAUGGCUGACUCAGAGCCUGACAAGAAGAGCUCAGCCGGAAAGACAAAGAAACCGCUGCAGAGAAUGUCGUCAGGGAGCACAGUGGCCCAGAAUGGAAGGUCGAAGGUCGGCAGCUCCACAGGGUCCUUAAAGAUGGCGUCCAGCCUCGAUGCCAAGCCCUCAUCCCGGAGUUCACUGGGUGGAUCUAGAAUCGGAGCUGCAAAACCUCAAUCCUCAGGUUCCAGAGCUUCGGGUUCCUCCGGGUCUGAGGGUUCUGCGGUCUAUGUGGAUCUGGCCUACCUGCCGUCCGGGACUGCCUCCACCACUGUGGACUUGGACUUCUUCAGGCGCCUCCGCUCCUCAUAUUACAUUGUGAGUGGAGACGACCCGGUGAAGGAGGCGGCGAUGAGGAGCAUCCUGGAUGCACUGCUGGAGGGGAAGAGCAGCUGGCCGGACAUCCAGGUGACGCUGAUCCCAACGUUUGAUUCGCUGGCGAUGCACGAGUGGUACCAGGAGACCCACGACAGGCAGCGGGAGCUGUCAGUCACCGUGCUGGGCAGCAACAGCACCGUCGCCAUGCAGGAGGAAACCUUCCCUGCCUGCAAGGUCGAGUUCUGAGGUCGAAGCCCCACCCCCUUCCCCUUUGCCACGGUUGCACCCAGACCAGUGUGAUGAGGAGGCUGGCUGUGAGCAUGCUCAGUUAAAAACACUUUCUCUCACCUGUGUGACGACAUUUUCUCACCUGCUGGAUCAGCACCUUCAUCUCACCUAAGAGCAAACAUUAACACGUAGCAUGACAGAAAGUUGAAAAACCGUGUGACAAGUAAACACAAUGGCUUGGGCGAGGCACGGAGGUUAAAAUGAAUCAGUGUUUUAUAAAGAAGCGAACGACAAGAAAGAUUUUUAUCAAAGAAGCGUGACGCUGGCAUGAUGUGUCUGUUCAGUUAGGUUGUGUCAGUGUCUUAUGAUUUACUAUUCUCUGUUUAGCCCCUCCCCCCACUUGCCUCUUCGUUUUAAGCUUAUCUCGAGGUUCUCCUGCAGGGUGGAGGAGACCGUCCCGACAAUGACUCGCUGUUGUCAGAGCCGCCAAUUAGAUUUUUACCUCACAGGAAACACGCUAGGUGGGGUUUAUCUCUAAACUCGUGAGCUUACAAACGAAGACAUUAUAAGACCAAAGGACUAACGAGUCAAUCAGACAAUCUGCUCUCCUUUUCUGCGAGGUAAUCUUCCUGUUUUUGCAAAUGGAGUCUUGCACUUGCUCCAGGUAAAGCAGUGAAACCUUGUAAAUAUAAGAGCUACGUGAACACACUGAAAACUAGGCGAUUUAGGGGGCGUGGCAUAGGUAAAACGGCGACUGGAUCAGCUUAUACACUGCGGGGAAAAUGAACCGACGCCCCCUCAGUGGAGGCAGUUUUAUUGCAUUUUAAUGCAGGUCGUAUAAACACCUGGUCAUGUCUCCAUCAUCUGAUCCUGGGCUGUGCAAGUAAAUGAGACCAUGAGCCUCUCAGAACGACAACAAGUUUGUGAUUACUAACGCCAUCGUUAUCAUCGCCAUCAGGGUGACUUCACUGUGUCUCUGAGGUGUGCUCGUUAAGCAGUCCGGUGUGAUGGUGGACGCGGGUCAGUCAGAGAACAUUUGAAGAUUCAAGCACGAGAUCCAAAGGUUGAUUCUGUCAGCGACAAAGAGUGUGAGGCUGUGACAGAUAUCCGACAUAACUUCAACGUUCAGGUGACAUCAGUAAGGCUGGUGUCAUUAAAGCGCCUAAGGGCGACUGGUGUGAUUUGGUGCUAUAUAAAUGAAAAUGUAUUAACUUAAGCUCCACCUCCUGUUUACCAUCGGCAUCAUCAGGGUAACGAACAGUAAUCAAACUCGGGUCACGGACACUGAAGUAAACAAACAGCCUUUUUUUUUUAUUGUAGUUGUAAAACCAGCUGUUCACAUCUCUGAUUGGGUCUGUCUGAUGUUAGGAUGAGAGUUGGUUAGCUUGUGGAUGUGCUCCACUCCGUGACUCGUCUGACCUUUAACCUCAGCGGUGAUUUAAGACAGACCUUGUGAUGAUUACCUGAUUAUCUCAGUGGGAAUGUUCCUGUCCCUCAGUUACAGUAAAGCACACAGAGGUCACAGGACUGUAAGCGUUUGAUUAAGUAGUGGUGUUUCGUUCCCGAUAAUCUUCAGAAGAUUGUCAGGGAAACCGGAGAUGUAGUGUCUCUGGUUUCCCUGACGACGGUCGUUCAACUUCCUGUCCUGAAGGUUCUGGUCCAGUUGCAUUUCCUGCUUUGACCUCAGCACAGAUCUUCCCCCGUUCUUCCUUGGUGUGCUUCAAGUACUACACUACCCACUAGCCUCAGAAGCCAUGUCUCAAUACAGUCUGUGAUCAGUUUGACCUUUGACCCCCUCCCUCGGGUGUUUCUCACACCGUGCAGAGAAUUGUGGGUCAGACUGCUACCAGCUGAUUGGCUGGCCUGCUGCAGUGCACUCUGGGAAGUGUAGUCCUUCGAGAACCAAUGGAUUUUCUCUCUGACUGAUUUUUGAAAGUCAAAACAUUUCAUCGGUAAUUUAUUUAUUUAAUUUAACAUUUUUACAAAUAAAUCUUCAAACGUGACGUUUGGUACGAGCUGCUUGCCGCCCGUCUCUACCCAAUCAGCAUGGAGCUGAUCAACCGUUAAAGGAACAGUCCGCUGUGUUCGUCCCACCCAGAGGAGCGACUGAAGAACAAACAGAUGAAGUUAAAAUCAAAUCCUUCUGAUAUUUUAUCUUUACAGUGAACAUUUAGCUUUUAACUUUUAUUCGCAAAGCUUUAAAUUGAUCUUUUUUUUACCCAGGAAAUGAUUUUCAGCUUUAGUUUGUUUGUUUUCUUCAGAUUUUCUUCUUUGUGCCUGCAGACAAUUUUUUAAUAUCCAACCAAUCAAUGAGCUGGAAAUCAUGAGAGCUGAAAAAAAUGUACUGAUAAUCUCAGACACACACACACACACAUCCACACACACACACACACACAAAUCAUUUGUGCAUUGAAACACUAACUGCAAUGAUUGUCUUUCAAAAUAAAUGUCCCUUUCACACAGUGUAUGCAGUGUUUUAUUGUGAAAAUCAGUGAAAUUGAUCUGAGUUUAAAUCAAUCACUGCUGACAUUAAACUCAAUUAAACUUAAGCCUUCUGUUAAA